AUGCUCCAAGACCGCCAAUUCCCUCAUGGUUUCCUGUGGGGCGCCGCUACCGCCGCGUACCAGAUCGAGGGCGGAGCUCAAGAGGGCGGACGCGGUGCGAGCAUCUGGGACGCGUUCGCGCACACGCCGGGCAAGACGUACCAGGGCCACACGGGUGAUGUGGCGAUCGACCACUUCCACCGCUACAAGGAGGACGUGGCGCUCAUGAAGCAGAUCGGGCUGAAAGCGUACCGGUUCUCGCUCUCCUGGUCGCGGAUCAUCCCCGCCGGAGUGGGGGAGGUGAACGAGGAGGGCGUGGCCUUCUACAACCGACUGAUUGACGAGCUGCUGGCCAACGGGAUCACGCCGUUCGUGACGCUGUACCAUUGGGACCUGCCCCUGGCCCUGCAGACGGAGUUCGACGGCUGGCUGGGCGCAGGGUCGCAGAUCCAUGAUGCGUUUGUGGCCUACGCGCGCGUGUGCUUCCAGCGCUUCGGAGACCGCGUGAAGAACUGGAUCACGCUCAAUGAGCCGUGGGUGCACAGCGUCAUGGGUCUCGCGCUGGGGGUGCACGCCCCAGGACGCAAACACAACGCCCACAUCGAGCCGUACAGAUGCGGCCACAACCUGCUCAUUGCUCACUCCCGAGCCGUGGAUGUCUACCGCAAGGAGUUCCAGGAGCUGCAGGGCGGGCAGAUCGGAAUCACGCUCAGCGCAGACUGGCGCGUACCGGGACCCACCGAGGACCCCGCGGAGAUGAAGGAGAACAUCAAGGCGGCCGAGCGCUCGAUCGCCUUCCACCUCGGCUGGUUCGCGGACCCGGUGUACAAAGGCGACUACCCGCAGAUCAUGAAGGACCGACUGGGAGACCGCCUGCCCAAGUUCACGGCCGACCAGAAGAAGCUUCUGAAAGGCAGCUCGGACUUCUUCGGGCUCAACAACUACAGCUCGUCGUUCGCCAAGCCUUCGGACUCGUACAAACCCAAUGAACUGCCCCCGAGCGACAGUACGGGGUCGUUCUUCCAGGACGAGGGUGUGACCGCCUUUGAGGACCCUUCGUGGGAACAAACCGCGGCAAUGUGGAACUUCGUCACCCCCUGGGGACUCAAGGAGCUCUGCAAGCACAUCAGCAAGACGUACCAGCCCAAGAACGGCAUCAUCAUCACGGAAAACGGUUCGUCGUGGCCGGACCAGUCCAAGGACGAAGGUGUCAAGGAUGUCAAGCGCAUCGACUUCUUCGAGCAGUACCUCAGCGGAGUGCACGAAGCCAUUGCGGAGGGGGCCGACGUCCGAGGAUACUUCACCUGGUCGCUCUUCGACAACUACGAGUGGGCCGGGGGCUUCAACAUCCGCUUCGGACUCGUCUGGGUGGACUACGACACCCUGGAGCGCACGCCCAAGGAUUCGGCCUCCUGGUACCACGACACGAUCGUGAAGAACGGCUUCCAGUCCAAGUACACGGGCAUCAGUGUUACGACCCCGUAG